AUGGAUAAUAUUCAUUUCUAUCACCCAAUCUCCGCAAAAUCAUCCCUCCCCAAUGCCCCCGCACAGAGACCCAUUCUUACCGCCCACGGAACCUCUUCCCUAUCCUAUCCCUCGCAGCAACUCACGCACCCACUGCCCUCUCGCCCCUCCCCCUCUGUUACACUCCCACUCCUUCUCAAGGAGAUCAGCAUGAUUUCAUCUAGCGACGGCAGUGAACCUCCCAACGGGAAACAGAUCAACCUCGACGACCAUUCUACCAGGUGCACGGGGUCAGAACUUAACGAUUCUUUCGAUGACCGCCUUGGAAUACCCAUCAAAGCGGAUACGGCCGAAGCGAGCACCCCUGAAGCUUGUCAGUCGGGUGGAAGUAGAGAUGACCCCAUCGUCAUAGAUGAUCCGAUGGGGUUUCAUCCCGUUGAUGGACCUGCAAAAGAGUCGGUAGAUGCGCUGGUGCCUCCGCCGUUUUCACCCAUCGAUGAGGCAUCCGUUGAUGAAGGUGACGAGCCAGAUCAGUCGGUGGAUGGCAGUACCGCAUCAACUCCGCGAGAAAUUUCAGAAACCCCGCCGCUUACCACGGGCGAAUCGGCCUCUUCUCGCGAUACCCAUACCCGUGUCUCUCCAAACGCACAGGGUCGACCUCCUUCAACCCCGGUUAAGCACGGCGGUGUGACCAGGGAAGAGUGGCCGGUCAAAAAGAUACUGAACUUUCGGAUCCGCGUGCGAGGGGGCAGGGGAAUUCAGGAGUACCGCAUCGCAUGGAAGCCUACGUGGCAACCGCGGAGCGACCUGGUUCCAGGUUGCGAAGAGUUGAUUGAAGAAUUUCAUGCAAAAUGGAAGGACGAGCGGCUAUCAUUGACUUCUCUGGUGGGCUACAGGCAGAAACGGAGAUCUUGUGAGGGUAGUAGACGCAAGGUUGUGAAGUCAAGCCAUUAG